AUGGGAAACAUCUGCUCCCGCGGCUCCAACAAUAAUAACGACCCUUUCACCCAACCAGGCCGCACAGUGGGUACAAACCGCUCAGAUCAAAACCCAUCACCCCGCGCCCCGCUUCCAGCCAAGACAAACUGGAAAGCAACACCAGGCCGCACCCUCGGCGAGAGCAAUACCAACUCUGGUGGCAGCGAAGCACCAAGUGAUGAGGCACGCGCCAAUGCAGCUAUUGCUGCACAGAAACGCGCCGAUAGCAGCACCACUGGUAAAGGCAAACUAGGCUCAAAAUUGGCUGCACAGAAGGCACAGACACAUGCGCAGACAUUGGAUCAGGUUAGUCGGACUGAGAGGGCAGCGCGCGACGCCGAUGGAGCCGAGGCUGCGAGGAGGUGGGAAUAA